AUGAUGAAGAAUUUUUUUUCGUGAAAGAUAACAUCAAACCUUAACAAACAUUUAUCUUAUAAGUGUCAAACAAACAAGAAAAAGGAUCUUCUUCUUGGAUUUUCAAUAACAAUAAAAAUGUCUUUCUUGUCUACUUUUGUUGCUUAUUUGAAACAUGUAAUCAGGGGAGGCGCAGGAGCAGGAGGAGAAGUGCCUACAAUGACGACGACCAUCACCAUCGGAAACCGUUGGUCACGACCACUAUUUAUCCAAUAUGGAUCUCCUCCCACUAAACCUGAAUUUGUACUGCAGACUUGGUCUGAUUUUAGAAGCUGGGCUAUGAAUAAUGCAGGAUUUGGUUCAUCAGCAAGUAUGUCGAUAAUAAGUAGAAGGGCGAGAAUUGUGCAUUCAGUCGAUACUUCAACCAUUAUUAUGAACUCGUCACCAUCAAAUCCUGCAGCAAAAAGGCUUCUUGAUGCUUUCCAUUUGAUGGAAACUGAUGCUUCGAUUAGGAAAGUUGUGAUAUCGCUAUCAACAGAUUACCAUGUAUGGAAUUCCAUUGUAAGGAACAAAGCGUUUCAGGAACUUUGUAUAUCAAAACCGGGCACAGCAAACGAAGAAGCAGCCUUGAGCUACAUGGAAGAGGGAGAAUCUGCAUCUCAAAUCAUUAAAUGGUUAUUUUCAAACAUGGCAUCUGGAAUCACGGAGUUCAUGGGCAAGAUAGAUGGUUGUGUGUCUGGUGUAUUACAAUGGUUGCCAAAAAGCAAUAACACUAUGUUGCCACUUGACGACGGUGUACUGGAAGAGAGAGUACGAUCUCCUAUGCUCCUCUCUAUUGUCCUACUCAUGGUGUACUUUGUAACCAAGGGUAUGGACUUGGACAAUUCAUGAUCCCUCCAUCUCUGGUAUUAACUUCUUCGAAAGGUUCGUUGGUAGGCAGUUUUGGAGAUUUUUUAAAUUCUUGUAUCACACAUUUGAGUGUGAACAGUGAGUUGCUUAUUUUUAGUUAGUAUUUUAAACCAUAUGGUGAUGAUAAAUUUUCCCGAAUUCUAGUAGAUCUUCAAUAACAGGGAUAGUUAUCCCUAAAUUUUUGUAACUUGCUACUACAUUUACCUUUGAGUGUGAACAGUGAAUUGCUUGAUUAAUUA